GCCCUACACCACGGUCCAUGGUGACGCGGUGCAUAAUUGACUGUCUUGAAAAUAUCUGGCUCAGCUAAUUAACAUGAUAUAAUCCAGCACUAGCCGGCAUCCUUCAAGCUGGACAGCAGCACUUCAACUUUCAAACGUCUCACGAUUUCCCUCUGGGUUUGAAUACAACACCUACCUGCCUGCCUCCCUGCCUUAUCUCAGCUGGGUACGGACCUGUGGUUAUCACGCCUCACGCCCUCGAGAGAUAAGGCAACACGGCUGCAGCGUGUCUCUCGGGCCACUCGCCAGCGGCAAGCGACAAUGUCCAGCCCCAGCAGCUCGUCGCUGCACUCGCUCACGGGCCCCAAGAGAUCGCGCAAGGGGUGCAUAACGUGCAAGAUCCGGCGCGUCAAGUGCGACGAGACGCGGCCGCGGUGCAGCCGGUGCACGCAGACGGGGCGCACGUGCGACGGGUACGCGUCGUCGACGGCCAUCUCGGACCCGUCGCGGCGGGCGCUGGCCAUCGCCGUCAGCCAGAUGCAGGUGGUCGGCCCGGCGUCGCGCGUGCUGGGCGAGCCGCUGCCCGUCGAGGACGCCGCCUGCUUCGACUUCUUCCGUGUCUGCACCGUCGCCAUGACGAGCUCCGUCUUCCCCGCCGAGUUCUGGUCGCGCGAGAUGCUGAGCGUCUCCCAUGCCGAGCCCGCCGUGUGGCACAUCGCCGUCGCCCUCGGCGCCCUCCACCGUCGCUGGGAGUGGGUCAACAAUAACUACCACCACUGCGGCCGGCACGCCAGCAGCAGCGCCCACGCCCGUGCCCACUCCGACACCACCGACCUGGUGCCCUUCUUCACCCAGCAGGCCACCAAGCACUACUACACCGCCAUCUCGCUGGCCAGGGGCAUCCAGAACCCCUCCGCCCUCGCCGUCGUCAGCAUCGCCCUGGCCGCCGCCGCCCACCUCUCGGGCCGCUGGUCCGACUGCCUGGUCCACGUCCAGGCCGGCCUGCACCUCCUGAUCAAGAUGCAGACAAAGCCCCAGCCCCAGCACCAGCAUCAGCACCAGCACCAGCACCAGCACCAGCACCAGCACCAGCACCAGCACCAGCACCAGCACCAGCACCAGCACCAGCACCAGCACCAGCACCAGCACCAGCACCAGAACCGAACCUACACCCCGCCGUCAGGAAACAGCAAUCUAGAGAGCGCCACCCGGGGCUUCAAGCGGCUAGACCUACAGCAAGCACAAACCACACUCCCGCUGCCAUCCGAUCUGCAGGGCGCCGUGCACACGCUCGAGCGGCUGGACCUGCAAGCCAUGGUCUUCUGCGACAUGCGCGUGCCGUACAACUACGAGAGCGCCACGGUCGCGCUGCUCGCCGACGCCGUGGGCGGGCGGGCCACGUACCUGCCGAACCCCGGGUGGGCUGCCGCCAGCGACAGGCCGCCCGGCGACCUCGACGAGGCGAGCCUGAUGGUGAUCCGCAUGAUGCGCCAGUUCAUGGUGCUCACGUACGCGGUCGAGACGGGCAAGAUCGCCAUCGCCGUCUACGCGGCCGCGCGGCUGCAGCUCCUGCAGGAUUCGCGCCGGCGCGAAAAGCAGCUCGCCGCCGUGCUCUCGCCGCCACCACCAGCAGCCACCGGCAGAAAAACCAACAACCCGCGCAGCAGCACAGCACCACGGCAGCAGAACCCCUACGACAACUCCCACCAAGGCUCCACCACCACCACCACCACCACCACCAACAACAACAACCCCACAUCGCCAGAACAGCAACAACAACAGCGCAAGACCGUCCUCUCCCUCUUACUCUACCACACGGUCCUCAACGUGCUCGUCGGCGCCGGUCUCCUCGGUCCCGAGACACGGUGGGACGCGCACACGGCAGGCUUCGCGCGCAUCGUCGGCCUCGCGGGCGCCGUGGCGCGGCACACGGACUCGCCGAUGCGCUUCUUCAUGUCGCUGGAGCUGGGGCUGGCCCUGCCGCUGUACCUGACCGCCAUCCGCUGCCGGCACCCCGUGCUGCGGCGGCGCGCGCUGCGCCUGCUGCACCGGCUCGACCGCCAGGAGGGCAUCCUCAACUGCAAGGCCACGGCGCGCGUCGCCGAGCAGGUCGUGCGCGUCGAGGAGGACGGGGUGAGUGGGAUCAACCUGCCGCUGCUGGGGCGGGACGAUGAUGACGACGCGGACGCGUAUUACCUUCCUGGUGAUGAUCGGAGCGACGAGUAUACGGAGGCGAGCUUGGAGUCGCUGCUGCUGCUGGACGCGGAUAACGAGGGCUCGUUUUGGAGCGGCGGGGGUGCGGGGUCUUCUUGUCAGUUUCCUCCUGAUGAUGAUGAUGAUGAUGAUGAUGAUGAUGAUGGGGAUGGGGAUGGGGAUGACGGUGAUGAUGAUGAUAAUGAUGGGGAUGGGGAUGACGGUGGUGAUGAUGAUGUGCUUGUGGUUGGGGAGGAGGCAGAGCCGUGCCCGGCGUGGCCCGACGGGUGGCCCAACAUCCCCGAGGAGAAGCGGUCCAUCACGCAGCAGCUGCUGGUCGACGUCGAGACGAACACGGUGCACAUCAAGAUCUACGUCGUGGGCCGCGGCGAAGGUGGCGCGUACCUGGGCAGGACUGUGACGGUGGAUAUGUAAUCAGAGGCCGAUGCAACGGAUUAGACUGGUUCUAGUUUAGAGUAAAUAGUAGACGAACGAAGAAGAGCCUGGAAUUGCUCAAAUCGCGGAGAAUGAAACCGAAUUCGUAUAAAUGUCCUACAUCACGACUGCCUUUAGGAACGAAAUUGUUUUUAGGUUCUGCGACGAGAUUCCCGGUCAGCUUUCGC